CAAGUGUAGGUGGCUAUACAAAUCUGAAGCCCCCGGUUAUCUAGUAGUCUAUUAGCGGUGUGCCAUAUAAGACGGCAUGAAACAGUGUUUCAAUAAAUUAACAGUAUCUUGUUUAUUAAAAGGACUACAGGAAUAAGGGAAAUAACAGAGGCAAUCCGAGAGAUAGAGAAAAGAACGAUAACUACUGUAAGCGAUGGAACACAGAAAGAAGAGUGGCUCUGUUUUGAAUGUGGCCAGUAAAAGAAAGUCUUCAAAGCCAAAGCAAAAGGGCAAGGCACAAGUAACCUCUAAGGAUCAGGAAAAGGAAGGUAAAUCAGCCCAAGAGAAACAGUCCAAGAGUGGGGAUUCAGAACCACAGAAGGUACAGAAGAUAAAGAUAACUCUAGGAGGAAAAAAGGCUCAGGAGUUUCAGAGUAACUUUGUUCCAGAGGAAGCCCCUGCUGACUCAGGGAGUGACUGCUCCAGUUCCUCUUCAGAAGACAGGGUCAGUGGUGCCGAUGACGAUCCCGGAACCUUCAGGAAACCUGUUUGCUGGCUAGAAACGAGGGGGGGCAAAAACAACACAGAUGAAGUCAAGGAGAAGGCCGAGUUAAGUUCAACAGGAACUUCAACAAGGAAAAGAAGAAAAACUGAAGCACAAGAAAAUGAGGGUCAUGACCAGAACUCAACAAAGCAAAUCAAAUCUAUAGGAAAUAAGCGAAAGAAUCUAAACGCAGCUGAGCGGCAAGACUUGAAAUCUAAAGGUCUGUGUGUGAAGAAAGAUCUUCCUCCUUAUCAAACAGGAAGUCAAGAGGAGAGAUGGCACCUGCAAAUUCUCGAUAAAGGAAGGGUGUCCUGCCCUACAUGUAAAGCAGUCGUCAGGAAAACAGUGGAAGGACUGAAAAAACACAUGGCGAAGUGCAAAAUGGAUCCUUUUACAUGUCAGCAUUGUGGAAAACAGCUGAAGUCUUUGACUGGAAUGAAGUACCAUAUUAUGGCAGAUCACAAUGACUUGCCAACUUUAGAAGAUGCAAAUGGGUUGGACAAUCAAGCAAUUAAAGACAAACUCAGAAAGGUGCUAAAAAGAAUGGGCAAAUUAAAAUGUACAAACAAGAGUUGUACAGCUAGCUUCACCAGUAUCAUGGGCUUCCUGUACCACAUGAAGAAAUGUGGUAAAGAGGCAUCAGAGCUGGAGAAACUGAUCCUGAACUGUCAGCACUGUGGAAAAACCUACAAGUCUAAGGCAGGAUUGGAUUACCAUCUGAAAUCAGAGCAUGCCCCUGAGCCACUGAGCAGCGAGGAGGAUGGUUUAAAGAAACCAAGAGAGAUGACUCAGGAGAGAACUGCCAGCGGCAGAUUGAAGAGGCGGUCGGCCCAGGUGGCUGUGUACCACCUGCAGGAGAUUGCCACCGAGGAGCUGUACAAGGAGUGGCCCAAGCGGAAGGUGCAGCAGGACCUGGUGCCUGAUGAGAGGAAGCUAAAGUAUGCAAGACCUGGGUUACCCGCUUUCAGUCAAGAAGUGCUGCGGAAAUGGAAAAGUGAAGUCAAGAUCCACAGGAAAGUGCAUUGCCCAAAUCAGGGUUGUGACUCUGUCUACACCAGCGUAUCUGGGUUGAAGGCUCACCUUUGCCUUUGUUCCAGGGGUGAUUUUGAAGCUGGUAAAUACAAGUGCCUGAUAUGUGAUAAAGAAUUCAACUCGGAGAGUGGAGUGAAGUACCAUAUCAACUCUAUUCAUGCUCAAGACUGGUUUGUUGUGAGCGCUAAAACAGCAAAACAUUUUGAAAAGCUGAUAAAGACCAAACAGAUGGAAGGUCACAGGAAGAGCUUGUCGAAGAAAAAACAGGUGCUGAAGCCAACCAGGAUUCGCAAAAGGCAGUUGGAAAAGAAGGCAGUCAUGAGCUCCUCUACUAGCUUGAAGAAGCGCCAUAGCAACUCGGAGAAAAAAAAGAAGGAGAAGGACUGCUAUGAUUUCAGUGGCAGCGACAGCCAGAGCAGCAGUGACAGCAGCUGUGGCAGCAAUGCUGAAGAAGAGGAAAAUCAGGACCAGGAACAGACGACAGGCGUAGUGGACCCUUAAGUCUGAAUCUAGCCAAACCUAAACUCUUAGGUAUUUUGUCCUUAGCAACGGUUUCGCACAUGGCCAUGGUGAAACUAAACCAAGAAAUUCUGAUCUGUAGAUCAGGCCACUGUUCCAGUUUAAUGAUUUACUGGGUUAAAGCAACUAUAAAAAGAAAAAAAUUGAUUUUUUUUUUUUAACAAAACAAUAUAUACUUAAUAACAUGUCAUAUAAACUAUGUCAGGUCUAACACAAGAACCUACAGAGCAAUAUUAAUAUGUUGCCCUGUCAAUUAUUAUUUUAAGGCUGUUUUUUCUUUUUCAUGAAACUAACACAUGGUUUUACAGCUUUUAAAAGAUCCAAGGAGGUAUACAAUGUAAAAAGGGCAAUGUUUCUGUUUUUGGUUUUCACUGAAGUUAUGCAUUGAGUAUUAAGAAAUAGUACUUUGAGCUGUUUUUUAUUAGACUUGUGAAACUGCAUGCGGUCACGUCUGCCGAACAUCGAUUGUUCACAAUAGAAUAUGACUUGCUAUGCUUUGAAGUGCGAUAGUGUCAUCGGUUGUUCUGCUUGCUUUGAAAUUACAUUUUUCAAAAUCAUGUAUGCUUCAUGCCAAUCCAUUACAUUUUCUGAUGACCAGAAAAAAGGGGAAUUGAAUCCCCUUUUCUAGAUCUAGAAUGCUUUAUCUUUUUUCAGGUACUGCACCAUGUAAAAUGUGAGAAAUGUAUUGUAUCUGCAUACAGUAUCUUGCAGUGCGAAAGGAAUGCUUAAGCUAUGUUGUUUGUCUGUAAGAUGCAUCUUGCCUGAUGACACUUUCAUCAUACUGUACAUAAAAUAUACAAGGCAAAGAAGAUUAAACACAUCCUUAUAAUUAAACACAUCUGUACUACUUUGUUUAAAAGCAUACAAACCAACUAUAUUUAGUUAAGACAGCUUAAUGGGGAGUCUGACUAGUAAAAUAAAACUUGCAAGCAAUUUGAAUUGGAAACUAAUAUCUGUAGUCUGGAACACAUACUCUGUGGUUCUUCGUUUCCCUUCCAUUAAACGUGAUUUAAAAUGUGUCAGACCUCAGGGUGAUAGAAUGUGAACUGAAGGUUGAAACAAACAGCAGCAAUACUGCAGUACUUAAUGUGCUUUCUUCUAUGCUGAUUAUUGGCUCCAAUGCACAGGUGUGUCACCACUCCAGUAGUACUGAUAGCACAGUACCAGUAAUGUCUAUUUAGGUCUACUCUAAUUGUCUUGUGUUUGGACUCGGGUUUUGAUCCUAAAUGUUGUUUGUCAGCUUCUUGUGCCAAUCUUAAACUGGUUAAUUCCGGUCCUAAACUUUUACACAUAGAAGUUGUUCAUGCAGUAUUAUCCCAUAUUUUACAAAUAGGGUGUACUGAAUGUUAUUAUGUUUUAACAGUAACCGCUAAUUGCAUUAUGCCUGUAUGUGUGCCCUGAGAAUAUUACAGAGGACCAAAGGAAUGUCAUUUUGUGCAAUUUGCUUCCUGUAAUAAAUGUAUUGGUGUUAUGUAUAAAAUAAAGUACAAAGAAAUACAGAAGUACAGUAAUUGACUAGUAAAAGCAGAGUCAUACGAUGUGAAUUCUUACAGUGAAGCUCUUCCAGUAUGCAAGUGUUGUGCUGUUAUAUUUAUGGAUCCGUAUUUAAACUAAUAUGCCUGUAUACAGCACGUUACAUUUUUUGUAUAAUGCAGGAUUUUUAUGGGAGAGAAAGGUUUCAUGUGGUAGUAUACAGAGAAAGCAUCAUUCAAGAAACCUAAAAAAUCAGUUAAAGUUUUAUUAUUUUAAUAUUUAUUUUAAAAUUACAACCAGUUAACACACAGUCUAUGUAAUUUUGAUAAACAUUAAAAAAAAAAAAAAAACAUCAAAUAUGUGUAGUCCAAUAAAACACAUUUAUAAAAGUGUAAUGUUUAUAAACUGGAAACGCUUUACAAUUCCAGUCAAAAAUGUUGUAUUCAUAGUACCCCAGUGUGUUUUAGGAUUUGAGACUUGAAGACAGUAUUGGAAUUUGAAUACAUGGUUAUGAUUAUUACAAAGUGACUUGCCUGUUUAGGAGAAUAUUUACUGCAGAUUAAGAACAGUGACUAUAUAAUAACCUUGUUAAUUAAUCUGUUAAUCAGAAAAAUAUUUUAAAUUGUUUUUUGUAAAGUUUUCAUAUUUUUUAAAUUAUAUUCCUGUACUGCUGUUGAAAAUUCCAGAUUUACAAUAAAAUGUUACACUA